AUGACAGGCUAUAUCUACCGUUCAGGUGUUCAAACGGCCGAAGACAGGCUAGCCAGUGCUGUAACGGACACAUCCCUCGUCAGCCCAAGCCUUGACCUUCCCAUAUCAAGUGCUUCGCUACCUACAGAAACGCUGCUAGCCAUUUUUGACUAUUUGUUCAAGAUAGACGGCCGCCGACUAUCGGCGAAUCCUACCUUGUUCCCCUUCUCAUGUGCUUUGGUCUGUCGAAGAUGGCACGACGUGCUGUGUAUGCAACCCAUUUACUGGAAACGAAUGGCUAUCGCUCUUGACUCACAGCAAGUUUCACCUUCAAUUGUUCGCGAUUGGGCGAACGCCUCCCGAGGAAUGGUCAAUCAUCUCUACGUCUUCUAUAGGCACAAGGUCAUCAUGGACGUCCAUGCAGAACACGAGCACGUCGAUGCUAUUCUUAGGGAAAUAUUUCCUUUCGCUGUUUCUGAAUCUAUUCUUGAGACUAUAUCAAUUAAUGUUAGCUACCGCUCGACAUCUAUCCUCGCUGGUCUUCACCUCAACCAUGCCAGUCUCCCGAGUCUUCGUAAUCUACAGCUAGAAUCCUUCAUCGCGGACACAGCAGACCCUAUUCAGCUAGAUGCGCUGAGCUGCAAGUAUCUAUCAAACAUUGUUCUUGAUUCCAAGAGUAUCGUGGAUUUGUAUAGUUUCUCAUCAGCACAGUCUUCUCCCUGGGCAUCAUGGAAACCUCGCGAUCCGACCUUGCGUACCGCGCGAUAUCGUCCAGCAUUCAACGUCCCCGCCGUUUCCCCGACUACGUUCACAGAUGCUCUUGUGUGGCUAUCCGAUAAAGGAUUUAAGAACCUCUAUAUCGUAGAUGUAGGCUUCGACGAGGAGAACACCGACCAAACGACCUCACCGCCGUCAAGCCAGGUUGACUUCCUACACUGCGAAGACAUUGGCGGACUCUACAUUGCCGAACAUCUAACAGAAUUGCGCGCUUCCACCAUGGUCACACUCGUCCGAUGCACUCUGUCAUCUCCCCUUCCCACGUUUUCUGCCUGGAGUCUCUCACUUGAAGGGAUCACGGAUCCCUCCGACAUCUAUAGAGCCAUCAAGCGCUGGCUCGGGCAAAGCCUCAUCAUCAGAAACUGCCCCGCGUUUGAUGACGAGUUCCUCGCUCGCAUGGCUCUCUUCAACGACGUAUAUCACGAACGCACCACGUUUCGUGACAGCGAAGGCGAAAGCGAUUUCCUGUGCCCAAUGAUGACGAAUCUAUACAUCACAGGACCAUGUUGCUCCGUUGCAGCCCUGCGCGGGCUCGUGGAUGCUAGGGCGAAGAUCGCGGGUAGACGUAUCCAGCGGUUGUCUGUGUACAAAGGCUCAGCACUUGAUGCCGAAGAUCGAGCUUGGAUUCAAGCCAACUCGGGGUUUACGUGGUCCGAGUCUCGAUAG